AUGGUUUUCCGCUCUUACUUCGGCCUUCCCGCCACCAGGAUGAUUGAGGUGGCAUAUUCUGCAGCAAAUGAUGUUCUCACAACGAAACAUAAUUUCUUACAGGUCCGGGACAUUUGUACCGGCUGCCUUCCUCUCUCGCAGCCAUUGAUCCGCGUUUCUCUGUUUUCUUCUUUCUUUCUUUCUUUCUUUCUUUCUUUCUUUCUUUUCCAUUCUUAUCUCGCCUUUCCCAUGUCUUUCUUUCCUUUCUUUUACUUAUUUUCCUCCCUUCUUUUUUUAAUCCCUGUAUUUUCUUCUUCUUCCUCCCCCUCUCUCUCUCUCUCUCUCUCUCUCUCUCUCUCUCUCUCUCUCUCUCUCUCUCUCUCUCUCACACACACACACACACACACACCAUUUUCCUUUCUUUCUCCCAGCUAUUCAUAUCUAUCUAUCUAUCUAUAUAUAUAUAUAUAUAUAUAUAUAUAUACCGCCUGUUCUUAUCUAUCUAUCUAUCUAUCUGUCUUGGUGUUGGUCUGUUCCUAUCUAUCUGUCUACCAAUCUAUCUAUCGUUAUCUAUCUAUGUAUCUACCGUCUAUUCUUAUCUAUCUAACUUACUGUUGGACUGUUCCUAUAUAUCUCUCUGUCUACCUACCUAUCUAUCUAUCUAUCUAUUUCUCUCUCUCUCUCUCUCUCUCUCUCUCUCUAUCUAUCUAUCUAUCUAUCUAUCUAUCUUACUGUUGGUCUGUUCAUAUCUAUCUAUCUAUCUAUCUAUCUAUCUAUCUUACUACCGUCUGUUCCUAUUUAUCUAUCUAUCUAUCUUACUGUUGGUCUGUUCCUAUCUGUUUGUCUACCUAUCUAUGUAUCUAUUUGUUGUUAUCUAUCUACCGCAUGUUCCUAUCUAUCUAUCUAUCUAUCUAUCUAUCUAUCUAUCUAUCUAUCUAUCUAUCUUACUGUUGGUUUAUUUCUAUCUAUCUAUCUAUCUAUCUAUCUAUAUCUAUCUAA